UUUAUUUAGUUUUUGGAAUUUGAUGAGUGUUUGUAUUUUACAGAAAAAUUUAAUUAUCUUCCAUUGUACCACAUUACUGUAACGAAAAGUGUGUUUGUGAUAUUAAUCUAGAACCUAAUAAUAUAUGCGGAACAAGUAUAAAGUAAAAUACGCGUGCGAAUAAGAGAGAAUUCGUGAAAUGGCUGCCGAAGUGCCUGUUUGCGAUUUGUUGAGUGAAGCAGUGGAGUAUAUGUCUAAACUUGGCGUUAAUUUACGUGACCGAUCUGAUAGUUUGAUAAAGAAAAGAAUAAAUAAUAAGAAGUUGCGGAAUGCACGCGCAGUUUUAAAAGCAGCUGAAAAGGUGCUUCUCAUUUGUGAAUUGUCAAAAAAAUCACUCGCGAAUGUUGAAACCGGCGUUCGAAAAGUCUUAUCCAUUAUUGACGCAUCUCAGGCGCAAACAAAUAGCAGUGAUGGCGGGAAAACUAGUAAUAGCGCAUUGGAUAAGCGUAAUGACCGAUUUUUUUAUUUUGAAUAUGAAUCAUGCACAUUGCGAGUAUCUAAGAAAAUUUCAAUAAAACACUUUACAGAUGUAAAGGUCAUGGCAAAAAAGUUGCCAGUUUCUAUGCAGGACAAAUAUCCAGUAUUUUAUGACUGCAAACUUAAGAGAUUAAGGAACAAAUCAUCAGAAAAUCAAGAUGAUAAGCAAGCAGACAAUUGUGGAAAAACUAAGACGAAAAGCAAAGUUUUUGGAGAAUUUCCAGAAACCCAGACUUCAAAUGUUUCAGAUGAAUCUGAUUCAAAUUCAUGUGACAAGUCAACGAAGGAAAAAGAUAAUCUCAAUGAGAAAAAAAUUGUUGAAAAUGAUGUUAUAGAGGCUUUGGAUUCUAUUGCUCUCAAUGAUACAUCAGAUACUGUUCAAGAUGAUAAUGUUUGUGAUAAACAGGAAAGCAAUGGAAACAAAGACAGCAAUUUGGGUGAGGAUACAGCAGUGUCUGAACUUAUUGAAUGCUUUGCAAAUGAAGCAAAGGUUGAUGAGGAUGAAACAUGCGAUGGCAAACUCAAAAAAAGGAAAAAAGAAGCUACCCUUAUUAGGAAGAAGUUUAGUAAAAUUAAGAUAAUUGAUGAUGAUAGUUCAGAUAGUGAAAAUAAUUCUAAAAGCACAGAAAAUGUCACCCAUAAGAUAUCAUCAUCUGAUGAAGAAACUAAUAUAAAUUCAGAGAAGGAAAAUGAUGAUAAAGAAACAAAAUCAAAAGAAAAGAAAUCUAGUAACAGUGAUGUAGACACAAAUAAAUAUGAUUCAGACAACAAUUCUGCAAAAUCUGACAAUAGUUCUAAACCCCUGAUAAGAUGUGUAAAUAUAUCUAAAUUACUUAAACCUGAUGCAUUAAGUUCAGAAACAAUUCAACCAUCAAACCAAAGACAAAAUACUCAAAGUAAGUCAUUAAUUUCAAAACAUAAAGAAAAAGAGAAGAAACCACAUAGCAAUUCUAAAGAUGAUGUCCAAAAGCAAAGAACAAUAAAUUCAAGUGAUGAUGAAUUUUGGGCCCAAAAAAGAAAAGAGGUUAAAAAAUUUAAACCUAAGCAGUUUUCUGUAAAUAUUAAUAGAUUACCACAAUUUACAACCAAUUUUAUGCUUUCUCAUAAGUUGAAGAGAAUCACUCAAAAUAACAAAACUGUUUAUGAAGUCAAUGGUACAGACUCUGACCAUUUAAAGAAGAAUAUUGACAAAGUUAAGAAUGCCUUACUAAAUGAAUCUGGGUCAGAUUCUGACAACACCAUUUCACACAAAGCAAAGAAAGUUAAAAAGUCUCUUCUCAAAAAUUCUGAUUCUGAAAGAUCUUCAAAUAAUGAUGAUAAUAGUUCCUUAGAAAAUGGCGAUGAUGCCUUGUCCUCUAAAACAAAUAAAGUAAAAGAAUCUCUUCUUCAUGAUUCUGAUUCAGAAUUGAAGGAAAAGUCUUCAAACAUUAAUAGUUGCUCAAAUAAUGUUGAUGAUGCCUUAAUAUCUGAAGCAAAUAAAGUAAAAGAAUCACUGCUUAAUGAUUCUGAUACUGAAUUAAAAGACAAAUCUUCAAAUAAUGACUUUGAUACUUGCUCAGAUAAUAUUGAUGAUGCCUUAUUAGCUGAAACAAAUAAGGCAAUAGAAUCAUUUAUCAACGAAUCUAAUAACCAAUCAAAAGAACAAGCAACAAACAAAUCCAGCAACAGUAGUUCAAAUAACCAAGAAGACACAACAGAUAAUGCAGUUGUUAAAGAUGCACUUCUUCAUGAAUCUGAUUCAGGAAGCGAUAAAGUCGUUACCAAAGAUUGUGAUAAAGAAUUAGAAAAAGAUGUUGCUAAGGAAAUUAAAGAUGCUUUGCUUAAUGACUCUGAAUCUGAUAAAAAUGAGUGUGCUCAAGAUGAAACAAGUAAUAAUGCCACUAAAGAUAAAGUUGCCAGAUCACAAAAUGAGUCUGAUGUAAGUGAGCACUCUGAUGAAACUGAAGCUCAAAAUCCAGAUAAAAUCAAGUCAUCCCUGUUAAAUGAUUCAUCUGAUAGUGGAAAAAAAUCACCAAUUAGUUCUAAGAAGAAAAAGAAAUUAAAAAAACUUAGAAGAACAAACAGCAAAAGGCAAGGUAAACGAAAUAGGUUGUGCUACACAUCAAGCUCAGAAAGUGAAGAUGAAUUAAAUAUCAAGUCUAAGGAGAUUACUCAUAAACAUCAUAAAAGAAAAUCACGUCAAUCCAAUUCUUCUUCAUCCAGUGAGGAAAAUAGGAAAAAGAAGCAAAAAACUGAUGGAACUGGUGAUGAGCAUUCAGAUACUGGUGUUAGCAAGAUGGUACGUUCUAAGGCAAAACCGUGUGGAAGCAGCGGCCAGAAUUCUGAUAUUCAAGAUGCAUCAGACAAAGAUAUUGAUGGACUGACAAAUUUGAAUACAUUAAACAAAAAACAUCGACGGCGUGAUUCCUCGUCGACGAAUAACACGGUCACCCGAAGCGGUGGUAAGAAGACUCUUACGAUCAAAACUGAGGAUAUGAAAGUAACGUAUGAUGACCUGCUGUCUGCAGCUGCCAGCAGUUCUGAACCCUCCGAUGAUGAAAAUAUGCCUGAAGAAGAGCUGCCCACCAUACCAUCUGGACUCAAUGGCGAUAGUAUCGAGCAUUUAGCUAAAGAUGAUUUAUUAGGCGAGAGUGAUUCUUCAGGGUCACAGAAUGAAAAGAGAAGUGAGGCGGAGGAAACUCGCAAUGAAGAGGAAUCGGAGGAUGAACAAAAUGUAAAAUUAAAACGGCAACGCAAGGCGAAUGCGAUAUCCUCGGAUUCUGAAGGUGGAACUUCACACCGUAAGCAGAGGGAUGAGGACGUGAGAGUGAGUGAUUUCGAGGACUCGGAGGACGAGAGUUCGGAGUCCAGAGAGAAGCGCUCCAAGCGAAAGAAGAAAGGAUCUGAGAGUGAUGCCUCGGGAGGAUCUAGUAAUGAAGGAGGCCAAAAGAAACGUCGCCGUAUAAAACAGGUGAAGGACAGCGAUGGCUCUGGAUCAGACACUGAGAAUGAAGGGAGAAAUAAACAUGGCAGGAAGAAUAUACGUAAGGUUAUGGGUAAGAACCAGUUGGAAGAGGCCACUAAAAAGGCGGCUCGCGAAGAGAAAGAAAGGAUUGCUCGUAUUACAGAGAGACAGAAAUUGUACAACAACAUGGAAUUUGACGAGUCUGGCAAACCGGACGAGGUUGUCUUGGAGAAGGUGGUGUUAGAUUUCGACCCUGAAACUAAAGAACCACUGAUUGAAGUCGAUAGAGGACUUGUGAAGAAACUGAAGCCCCAUCAGGCUAACGGAAUAAAGUUCAUGUGGGACGCGUGCUUUGAGAGUGUGAAACGUAUCAAGAAGGACAAAGGCUCUGGGUGCAUCCUCGCGCACUGUAUGGGUCUCGGCAAAACUCUACAAGUAAUAUCCCUGACGCACACGUUGUUGACGCACGGCACUCUGACGGGCGUGAACCGUGUGUUGGUGGUGUGUCCCCUGUCCACUGUACUUAACUGGGUCAAUGAGUUCAAAAUGUGGCUCAAACACGCACACUCCGAGUUCGAAGUCGACGUGUAUGAGUUGUCCAGGUACAAACAGAAUUCGGAGCGAGCGUUCCAACUGCAGCAAUGGUUUGAAGGGGGCGGGGUGUGCGUGCUCGGGUACGAGAUGUUCCGCAACCUCUCCGCUGACAACAACAAGAAGUUCAAGAAAAAGAUGCUGAGGAGCUUCCAGGAGAGCCUUGUUGAUCCAGGACCGGACUUGGUGGUGUGUGACGAAGGGCAUUUGUUGAAGAACGAGAAGACCAGUCUGUCGCAGUCUAUGAACAGAGUGAAGACGCGACGCCGCAUCGUCCUCACCGGCACGCCGCUACAGAACAACUUGAAAGAAUACUACUGCAUGGUACAAUUCGUGAAGCCGAACCUGCUGGGAAAGUACAACGAGUACUUGAAUCGUUUCGUGAACCCCAUCACCAACGGACAGUACACUGACUCGACGGAACACGACAUCAAGGUCAUGAAGAGACGCUCCCACGUACUGCAUAAAAUGUUGGAUGGAGCUGUUCAGAGGAGAGACUAUGGGGUGCUGGCGCCCUUCUUACCUCCGAAACACGAGUAUGUGCUGUUCAUAACUCUGUCCGACGUUCAAGUCAAGCUCUACCAGUUCUAUUUGGAUAACUACUCUAGAAGGCCGCUACCUGGUAAAUCGUCUGGGUUCCUGUUCCCUGACUUCCAAUCGCUGCAGAGGAUAUGGACACAUCCACUUGUCCUCAAGUAUAACUCGGAAAGAUACGAAAUUAUGCAGCAGAAAAAGAGGGAGAGAGAAGAAGAAGACUCGGAAGGAUCAUUAGUAGACUUUAUAGAUGAUGAUUCUACACCAGAGGAAACUUCAACAGAAGAGUCGACGGAUGAGCUCUCAGAUAUGAGCGAUGACAGUCGAAAGAAGAGCAAGAAGAAGAAUAAAGGCAAGAAAAGUAAGGGCAAGGACUCGAAGGUGGGCACGCGGCGAGGCACCAGGGCCAACCCAGGUAACGUGGAAGCGGACGAGGACGAUCCCGACGUGGCUGAGGUAGUGGAGGUGAGGAACGAGAACCCGACGGAGUGGUGGAUCAAGUUGGUGGAGGAGGAGGAACUCGACGACAUGCGCAACUCGCACAAACUCGUCUUGUUGUUCGAUAUCCUGCGCCAGUGCGAAGCCAUCGGGGAUAAACUGUUGGUGUUUUCGCAGUCGUUGUACUCUCUAGAUCUGAUAGAACACUUCCUAGGUAAAGUAGAUGAAGCGACGCAAGAGGGACGUAUCGACGAGAAACUCGGAGGACAUGUCGGUUCAUGGUCGCCCGGCGUAGACUACUUCAGGCUGGAUGGGUCUACAUCGUGUGAGAACAGAUCUAUUUGGUGUAAGAACUUCAACAGAGAAGAUAAUCCCAGAGCUAGGUUAUUCCUAAUAUCGACUCGCGCGGGUGGCCUGGGCAUCAACUUGGUGGCUGCCAACCGAGUGGUCAUCUUCGAUGUCUCAUGGAACCCCUCACACGAUGUGCAAAGUAUAUUCAGGGUCUACCGGUUCGGGCAGAAGAAACCUUGCUAUAUUUACAGAUUUUUAGCUAUGGGUACAAUGGAGGAGAAAAUCUAUGAGCGUCAAGUGACGAAGCAGGCGAUCUCUAAGCGAGUGAUCGACGAGCAACAGAUCGACCGACACUACGCGGAGAACGACCUCGCCGAGCUGUACAAGUUCGAGGCGCGCCCGGACGAGCCCCGCCCCAUACCCGCGCUGCCCAAAGACAGACUCUUCGCGGAAAUGCUCAGGGAACACGAGGCUCAGAUUUACAAGUACCACGAGCACGAUUCUCUGCUGGAGAACAAGGAGGAGGAGACUCUGAGCGAGGAGGAGCGGAAGGCAGCCUGGGAGGACUUCGAGAACGAGAAGAACAGGCCACCGCCCGCGCCAUUCCCGUCCGCCUGGCCCAUGCACAAUGGAAUGAUGCCGGGUCUGCUGGCGGCGCAGCAGCAACAGCUGGCGUACGCGGCGCUGGCCGCCAUGUUGCGCAAGGACAUGCCCAACAUCAACGACAACCAGAUCCGGGACAUGCUGCCGCUCAUAUACAACUCUAACCCCGGGAUGUUCGGUGGAUAUGACUUUGGCUUGAUGCAGAAAAUGUCUGAACUCUACAAGUAUGCACCACCGGGCAUGAUGAAUCCCGGUAUGAUGAAUGCUGUCAUGAAUUCUGGUGGCGGUGCGAGUGCGUCGAGCGGUAGCGCGGCCAGCUCGCUGCAGUACGAGCCGCCCUGGCAGCGCCAGCAACAACAACAGCAUCACAUGCGCCUGCAGCAACUCAUGCAGCAAAACCAAAUGGGUGCGAAGAUCUACGCAGGCGGGCUCGGCAGCCGCGACCCCGUGGCCAUGGCGCUGCAACAACAACGCUCGCGCGAGAUCCUCAUGGCCGGCUCCCGCCCGCGCGGCCGGCCCCCCCUCGCCGCCAGGGCGCCGCCCCCCACCACCGCGCAGGACGUCGUCAACCUCGACUCCGACUAGGUGGUAGAGGUGAAAAGUGGACCGAAUAUGUACAGUGAACGAUAAUAGGUGCUACACUGCUAUAUGGAGUGGAGUGUCGUCGCCGCGGACUGGCCGGUCGGGCGGAACAUUGGUUCCACCAGGCGACCGAGUCCACUGCGCACUGCACUCGAGGUAAUCAUCUGGCCAAAAUACAGUGAUAUUUUGGAGUGUUAGCUCCAUAAAUGUAGCUUUUCGCCUUGAGGCUUGCGCUCUUAACGCUACAUAUCAAGAAUCUCAGUAUUUUAUUUGUAGUUCUGAACAUUUUAGACGUUAGCCAUGUAAUGUCCAUUUAAUUUCCUGGUGAGAUAAGUGGUGUUCCCAUAUUGUAGGAAAACCACUGUUUCGGUAAAUUCAACAACAGCGGAAGCCUAAGGCGUUAUUAGUAAAUGAUAAGACGCACAAGUUUGGUCAUAUUUUAAGCUACAACAUGUAAGUAGAUGUGCUCAGUCUUGAAAUGUGACACUUGUGCCUGUGGGAGUUAACAUUCUAUGCUUUCUGACACUAUGUGUAUGGAUGAUGUAAGGUACUGUCGAACAAACGAGGCAUCCUAACAAAGCUUCUGGAUAUACAUCUUAUUUUUAUUGUUGAUUUCAAUUUCAUUUCAUAAAAAAUAAAUCUGUUUUGUUUGUCUGCACACUCCAGCUGUUACAUCUAUUUUAUAGCUAUACAGUUUAGGCUUACUUACGUAUAUAAAUAUAUUUAUAUCGAUAAUGUUUUAAGUAUUGAACAGAAGCUGCCGUAGGAUGCUUCAGGUGUCAGUUUGGUAAAUUUUAACUAUAUCUCUCAGUACAGGAAAUUAGCAUAAGUUAUAUGUUUGUAGUUAGAAAACUUCUGUGUGUUUAACAUAGUAGUAAUCGCGAGAGUGCGCACGGAAAUGUAUGACCGUACACUAGUUGGAGUAGUGAGCAAAUGGAGCACAAACACGAAAUCGUUAUUUAAGAACCAGACAGUAAUUCGACGAUAAUUUGUAUUAAUCAGCACAUCCUAUGUGUUCACUCGAAUGACAGUUUGUACUCCAUUUGGUCAUUAUUCUGUGAGAAGCACCCACUAUGUAAACAAUAUAGUGAUAAUAUAUUACUCUACAUAUAGUUACUACAACACCAACUUAACUAAAGUGAAUGUUAUUCAUUGGUUUAUGUAUAUUUAUAACCAAUAUUGGACUGUAAAAUUAGAAAACUAGAUUUCAAUAAACAUAUUAUCAACUCUGCACAUAAACCAUUAGUAACAUUGAUGUUCAAUUUUAAGAUUAGAGAAAUAUUAUUUUGGUGAUGUUUAUUAUCUAUCACAUGUUUUGCUGCAGUGGCAAAUUCAAUUUUAAUCAGAUCUGUUUUAAAAUCCUCUUAGCAAUAAUGAAGGUAAUUUAAGUUAAUACAAAUUAUAUGAAAGAAGACAAACAUUAUCAAUAAGCUGGUUUGAUAUUAUACCUAGUUAUGGCCUGGACCUAGAGUAUUAAUUUCCAAAUAUAUGUUGAUUCCAUUCAAUCCUAUGAUUUAAGCGUUGGAAUAAUUGUAUACUAGGUUUGCUCAUGAAACAUUAAUUAUUAUUGGUGAAAUGUUUACAAGAGAUCUUACGGGGAAACAAUAUUUGUGUUUUGGGCUUAGCAAUUAUUGUUUGUAACUGUGUACCCACAUUGCAUUGCAAUCAUAGUGCAGUUUGACUGUGUUUUAUGUGCAAAUACUUGAUUUACUGACCCUAGUACAUCACACAGUGGGAUUAUUUAAGUGAUGUUUAUGUGACUGUAUUUAUUUGCCUGCCGUUGAACAGGUGGUUUAGUUGUGAUAUUGAGUAAUUUUAAAUUUUUGUAUACGUUUAUUUUAAUCAAGUCACUAACGUGACUUUAAUGUUAGAUUCAACAUCUAUAUAUUAUUUUAGAUUACAUUAAUGUACCUAUAGCGUAACAUGGAAAUUGUAGUGCAUUUUAUGGACUCUGUUUUAUGACAAAUUCUCGUUGUUUUAUUGUAAUUUUGGAUUAUUUUUACAGAUUUUCUAUGCUUAGAAUGUUAUUUAUACUUAUAAACAAUUAUAUUAAUAAAUGAGCAGUAUUUCAGUUAGUUAUAAGAACAUGUUAUAAUUACACAGUUUAGUUCCAUCUAUACACCUUCCCAUCUGAAUAUUUAUGAAUAAUUUUCAUUAGCUACGAAAUAAUUAGCGUCUCGGUACGUGAUUGUUCAACAAAUUAUGGUGUGCCCAUAUUCGCGAGUGGCGCAGAGAAAAUGUACGUUUAGACUGCGACACUUAUACACGAAAUGCGUGUAUUCGUCAAAUAACGCAUUGUGCACAAUCCUUACUUUAAAUCAUGCUUGUUUUAUAAUUUUAUUAAUAAUAUUGAUUUUGAUUAUAAACAGAUAAUUUACUGAAUAUUAUGUUUCCUUAUAGGUAGGGCUGAGAUAUAUUUUUUUAAAGACAAAAACAGUUUAAAGUUAUCUGCGGUGGCAAGGCGCCGAGAUGGAAAUAAACUAAUUAUCCAGUAUCAGCACAGCCCUAUAGUUAAUUUUUGUUUUUUAUACUACCUAGCAAUAGUGUUGCUAUAUGAGUAUUGAGAGGUUGCUACAUAAGAGUGAGGACUGCUGUAAUUGUUUUAUUAUUUAUGUAAUAUAUAUAAUAUAAUUGUAACUGUAGAGAACUUCCUAUUAUUUUGUAGUACAAUCAAAUAAUAAAUAAUUCAGAAAUGUGUACAUAAA